GUCGACUUUGAUAUAUAUAUACGCUCACUACGACCACCACAUUCAUUCUAUCACAAUCAUUACAGCAAUUCUUUCACGAUGUUCUUUAACAACCUUCUUACCUCCUCCUUGCUGCUGGCGGCAACUGCCUCUGCCCUUCCUGCUGAGGUAGAGCGUCGUGCAACCAACCAAUACCUCACAAACUCGCACACUGCAAUCACCGAACUCCAAACAUUUUACAAUUCUCCGAGGCCGGGAUUUUGGUCGGCCGGCUGGUGGAACACUGCUAAUUGUCUGACCUUGCUUGCCGAUCUGCGUGCAAAGGACAGUUCUUCUUUCCUCACGUCCAUCACUGAUGGACCGAAUGGUGUCUUCAAGCACACCUUAAACAGUCAGAACAAGGACAGCACUGGCGCACUUGCCUGGGACGACUUCUUCGAUGAUCAAUUGUGGUGGGUCGUCGCGUUGGUCAAGACCUACGAUGUUACGAAGGACAGCAGCUUCCUCAAGACCGCCAAUGAUUCAUUCAACGCCAUCACCCUGAACGACAAGCCCUCUAACAACCCCUGCGGCGGUCUUGCCAAUGCCUAUCCAUCCGAGAAGUAUCUGGUCAAGUCAUCAACAAUCGCCACUGUGCUCUACGUGGAAGCCGCAGCUUUGCUCGCCACCCGCUACCCAGCCCAGAAGACCUACUUCAUCAACCAGGCCAAGACCCAAUGGAGUUGGAUCACUCAAAACAUCCUCAUCGACGGCAUCAUGCAAGGUGAUGCCUUGACCGGCAACCCUCCUUCUUGCGGCAACAACCACGCCUUCUUGACCUACAUCGAAGGCGUCGCCCUCCAAGCCCUGGUCGCCCUCUACCACGCCACAAACGACGCAUCCUACCUCACCACCGCCGACACCCUCGCCACCAAACUCCUCUCCGGCAAAUACGGCAUGAUGGACAACAACAAAAUCGCACUAGAGUUCUGCGACAACGAUCUUUCUUGCAACCCUGAUACCGCACAGUUCAAGGGUAUCAUGAUGAGAGGUCUGCGUACGCUGCGUGAUGCCAAACCUUCUGCCGCAGGCGGUCAGAUCAAGAGUUUCUUGACCAAGAAUGCUGAUAGUAUUUGGGCGAAUAGCAGACAGUCGGGUACCAAUUUGCUUGGUCAGAAGUGGGCUGGCCCGUUUGCGCUUGGGUCGAGUCAGGCUUUGCAGUUGAGUAGUCAUAGUUCGGCUACUAUGGCUCUUGUUGAAGCCGCUUUGGCCAAUAUGUAGAGUGAGUGAGGAUUUGCAGGAACGAUGAGCAUGAAACAUGGUUUUGUCAAUUCUUUCUUUGCAUUCGCAUUUGCAUCUGCGCUUGCAUCUGGUCGGCUGGCUCGAUCGACAAGGUUGUUAACAUAGAUAGAUCAAUACCGAAUGCAAUUUGAUAUCCCAA